AAUGAAUGAGUUAUUGAACAAGUAGUUCACUAAAAACAAGUAAUUCCUGAAAGGGAAUUUAUAGCUGUGAAUGCACAACCAUUACUUUAAUUACUUCGCAGGUACAUGCAUUGGUGUCAAAGGCUUCUACCUUGAUGGAGGAAUGAAAGAUGGCAUUGAAGUAGAAGAGCUGAAAUGUAAAGUUUUGAAAGAAGUUGUUAAUUUUGCAGUAAAGAUGAAGCUGAAGAAGGUUAUUUUUGAGUCUGAUAGUGAGGUUUUAAUAAAAUCAAUCAAUGAGCCUGAUUACUUUGUUCAUUGGAUGAAUCAAACAUUAAUUCUUGAUAUUAAGUUUAUGUUAAGUUCUUUAGAGUACUGGAGAUGUGUCAUGUUAGGAAGAAAGCAAAUUGUGUUGGUGAUAAGAUAUCAAAGAGAGCUAGAGUUAUGAGAAAUAGUUUUAGUCAUGGGUCUGAUCUUCCACAUGAAAUACAAGUUUGGGUUGAUGAAGACAUCUUUGUAAUGGAUUAAUUUUCAUUAAUAAAUUUUUUGCAU